GUGGGCCGGGGGAGGGGGGAAGGGCCUGCGCCGCUGGCUGGAUCCGAGAGCGGACAAACUUGCGUAGUCUUGCCACGGUUCUCGCUGUCUGCUUUUGCCUCUCUCUAUGGACGGCUGGAGGGGAGAAGAAGAGCAAACUGGGACGGUUGUCGUUGGGACCGCAGCGCCUUCCGAGGCCCUGGCGAUGAUUUAAUCGCAGGAAAACGUUGAGGGCUGUCAAGGGGAGAGAAAAGAAAAACGGAGAAAGACGACGGGAGAGGAGCGACGAGAGGAGCAGCCUCAGCCGUUGGAGAUGUGCGGUCGGGGCCGAGAUUGCGGCGGUAUCCCUGUGUAAGCCUGCACUGAGCAGAUUGUUCUGAGAGGAAACGGAUAACAAACAGGGGAAGUGAACAUGGCUGGAACCUCUGGCUUCUUUUCCAACGGACCUGUGCCAUGGAUGGACAACGACACGGAGAUGAACAACCUGUACCGAGACCUGGAGCUGGGGACAGUACUGACGCUGUUUUAUUCCAAGAAGACCCAGCGGCCGGAGAGAAGGACAUUUCAAGUGAAGCUGGAGACCAGGACUAUUAUCUGGACUCGUGGCACAGAUAAAAUAGAGGGCGAGAUUGACAUUCGAGAAAUCAAGGAGAUCCGUCCUGGACAGAAAUCCCGGGACUUCGAGCGCUAUGUGGAAGACUCAGCAGCACGACUGGAUCAGGCUCACUGCUUUGUUAUUCUCUAUGGCACCGAGUUUCGCCUUAAAUCACUCAGCCUGGCAGCAACAUCUGAUGAAGAGAUGACCAUGUGGGUGAAGGGGUUGAACUGGCUCGUGGCUGACACACUGAAGUCCCCAACACCACUUCAGAUAGAAAGGUGGUUACGUAAGCAGUUCUACGCAGUUGAUCGCAACAGAGAAGACAGGAUAUCCUGUAAGGAUCUGAAGAGCAUGCUGAGCCAGGUCAACUACAGGGUGCCCAACAUGAAGUUCCUCCGAGAGAAACUUCCGGACUCCGAGCUGAGGAAUGGAGACGUGUCCUUCAGCCAGUUUGCCCAGCUGUAUCGUAGCCUCAUGUUUGACGCUCAGAAAAACGUGGAGAUCCCAUUUCUACAAAGGUUCACUGACCGACCCGAACAGAGGAUCUCCCUAGAGGACUUCAAGAGCUUCCUCCUGGAGUUUCAAAAGGAAAUUUGGGCCACAGACAACAACAAGGUUCAGGAGUUUAUGUUCGGCUACCUGAAGGAUCCUCUGAGAGAAGUGGAGCAGCCUUAUUUCCAACAAGACGAGUUUCUCACGUACCUGUUCUCCAAAGAGAACACCAUUUGGGAUUCCUCCCUGGACCAAGUGUGUCCUGAGAACAUGAACAACCCCCUGUCCCACUACUGGAUCUCCUCUUCGCACAACACCUACCUGACAGGAGACCAGUUUUCCAGUGAGUCGUCCCUGGAGGCGUACGCUCGCUGCCUGAGGAUGGGCUGCCGCUGUAUCGAAUUGGACUGCUGGGAUGGUCCAGAUGGAAUGCCAGUCAUCUACCACGGACACACCCUCACAACAAAAAUCAAGUUUUGUGAUGUCCUGACCACCAUCAAAGAGCAUGCCUUCGUCACAUCCGACUACCCCAUCAUCCUGUCCAUCGAGGACCAUUGUAGUAUUGUACAGCAGAGGAAUAUGGCCACUCAAUUUAAGAAGGUGUUUGGAGACAUGCUGCUGACCAAGGCGGUGGAUAUCGCGGCAGAUGGCCUGCCCUCACCCAACCAGCUCAAAAGGAAGAUCCUCAUCAAGCAUAAGAAGCUUUCUGAGGGCAGUGCCUACGAGGAGGUGUCCACCUCCACUCCCUACUCAGAGAACGAUAUCAGCAACUCCAUCAAAAACGGCAUCCUGUACCUGGAAGAUCCCAUUAACCAUGAGUGGUACCCUCAUUUCUUUGUCCUGACCAGCAGUAAGAUCUACUAUUCAGAGGAGACCUCCAAUAAUCAGGGUAACGAUGAUGAGGAGGAGCACAGAGAGGUGUCUAAUGGUAUGGACCAGCACGUGACAGAGAAAUGGUUCCAUGGAAAGCUUGGUGCCGGACGAGAUGGGCGGCAGAUAGCUGAAAGGCUGCUGUCUGAGUACUGCGUGGAGACCGGAGCUCCUGAUGGCUCCUUCCUGGUCCGGGAAAGCGAGACUUUUGUGGGAGACUACACGCUGUCUUUCUGGCGUUCAGGGCGGGUACAGCACUGUCGUAUCCACUCUCGUCAGGAGGCAGGCAGCCCCAAGUUCUACCUGACUGAUAACCUGGUGUUCGACACACUCUUUGCCCUGAUCAACCAUUACCAGCAGGUGGCGCUGCGCUGCAACGAGUUUGAGAUGAAACUGACUGAGCCAGUGCCUCAGACCAAUGCCCACGAGAGCAAAGAGUGGUACCAUGCCAGUCUGUCUAGGAGCCAUGCAGAGAACAUGCUGAUGAGGGUUCCUCGUGAUGGAGCUUUCCUUGUCAGGAAGAGGACAGAACCCAACUCGUUUGCUAUUUCAUUCCGGGCCGAGGGUAAGAUAAAGCACUGUCGGGUGCAGCAGGAGGGUCAGACCGUGGUGCUGGGCACCUCAGAGUUUGACAGCCUUGUCGAUCUCAUAAGUUACUAUGAGAAACACCCUCUGUACCGCAAAAUGAAACUACGUUAUCCCAUCAAUGAGGACACACUGGAGAAGAUAGGCACUGCUGAGCCAGAUUACGGGUCACUGUAUGAGGGCAGGAAUCCAGGCUUUUACGUGGAGGCCAAUCAAAUGCCAACAUUCAAGUGCACGGUGAGAGCCAUGUACGAGUAUAAAGCCCAGAGAGACGAUGAGCUCUCCUUCACCAAGAAUGCUGUCAUCUCUAAUGUGGACAAACAGGAAGGAGGAUGGUGGAAGGGUGACUGUGGAGGGAAGAAGCAGCUGUGGUUUCCUGCAAACUACGUGGAGGAAAUCAGUCCAUCGGCAGCGGAGCCUGACAGAACUGAGAUGACAGAAAACAGCCCUCUGGGAGAUCUACUGAGAGGAAGUGUAGACGUGUCUUCCUGUCAGAUCGUUGUGCGUCCUGAUGGAAAGGGCAGCAGGCCUCACGUCUUCGCCCUGGUGCCAAAUCCCCCUAUGCGGACGGGCCCAGUGCUGGACGUCGCCGCCACCAGCCAAGAAGAACUCAAAGAAUGGGUGCACAAGAUCCGUGAGGUCACCGUGACCACAGAGGCCAAGCUGGAGGAGGGGAAGAUGAUGGAGAGGAGGAAGAAGAUUGCACUGGAAUUAUCAGAUCUCGUCAUCUACUGUAGGCCUGUGCCAUUUGAUGAAGAAAAGAUCGGCACAGAGCGGGCCUGUUUCCGGGACAUGUCAUCCUUCCCCGAGACCAAGGCAGAGAAGUACGUCAAUAAGAUCAAGGGGAAGAAGUUCCUGCAGUACAAUCGACUGCAGCUGUCCAGGAUCUACCCCAGAGGCCAGAGACUAGACUCUUCUAACUAUGACCCAUUGCCCAUGUGGCUCUGUGGGUCGCAGCUGGUAGCACUUAACUUCCAGACAGCAGACAAACCCAUGCAGAUGAACCAGGCGCUGUUCAUGCUCAACGGAAGGAGCGGCUAUGUCCUUCAGCCACCAAUCAUGAGGGACGACAGCUUCGAUCCCUUUGACAGACAUACACUACGAGGCCUCGAACAAGUCACGCUAGAGAUAGAGGUCUUGGGCGCACGGCAUCUGCCCAAGCACGGACGGGGCAUCGUUUGUCCUGUUAUUGAGAUCGAGGUGUGUGGAGCAGAGUAUGACAGUACCAAGCAAAAAACAGACUCAGAAGCUGAUAACGGUCUGAAUCCCACAUGGCCCAGAAAGCCAUUCCAGUUCUCAGUGUGCAACUCUGCUUUUGCCUUCCUGCGCUUUGUGGUCUACGAGAUCGACAUGUUCAGUGACCAGAACUUCCUGGCUCAGGCCACAUUCCCCAUUCAUGGCCUCAAGACAGGUUACCGGUCAGUACCUCUGAAGAACAGCUACAAUGAGGAUCUGGAGUUGGCUUCUCUUUUGGUCCACAUGGACAUUAUCAGAGGCAGGGAUGAGAACGGGGAGGUUCUGAGCCCUUUCCUUGCAGUCGGCGCCGCAUCGGUGACGGCGUCAGCCCAGGCAGGGCGCGAACGUUUUGGGGAAUUGAGCUCGGUGUCCUCGUCCUCCUCCAGCAUGUCUCCUCUGCCCCAAUCGCCAGCUCAGGCCAUGGCCUACAGAGGGAGGGAGGGCUCCUUUGAAUCCCGCUACCAGUCUCCUCUGGACGACUUCAGGGUGUCCCAGGAGGCCCUGUUGGACCACAUGGACCCACAGAACAGGAGGAUGUUGCGGAGGACCAAAGUGGGCGGAGAGAACCGUGUCUAAGUCCAAGCCAAUCAGGACGCAUUUCUGUUGCGCACCCCCCACACCCCACUCACCUCCCCCCCAGUCGCCUCUCCCUCCCCGUACUGAUGAUGUCACUGACUGCUGUGAACACUGUUUCCAUGGAAACGCCCACCACCGCUUUGGCCUACAUUUCAGGCAGCUCUCCCUCCCUCCAUUCUCCAAACACACCCCCCUCUCUCUCUUUCUUUCUCUCGCUCUCUCUCUCUCUCUCUCUCUCUCUCUCACACACACACACACACACCCCACCCGGCCUCCUCACCACUCGCCUAACGAGAGGGAGGGGCUCGGACAUCGGAGGGACGGGGGGGCUGCUGAGAGGAAGCUGACCUCUGCGGACAGGAAGAAGAAACGACAUUCACAGCAGAACAAAAAAAGCUGAAAAAGUUCCAGCUCUGGACUGGUCGUGUGGUGAGGCGGUUUGCACUGUCUGGUGUUUUCAGUGUGCACAACAGCUGCUUGGUUUGGAGGGAAAGAGAGAGCUGUAAAAGGUAUCAGUUUGAAACUGUUUCCAGUUAGGUUUCUUUGCUCUUCUCUAUUUGGCGUAUAUGAAUAGAUCUAUUUAUUCCUGCUGUGCUGUUGGCCAGAGAACAGCAGCAGCUGACCUGCUCUCAAAGAGCUCCUGUCUCCAUGUUUUUAAUUAUUAUAAUUAUUUAAACCUUUAAACAUUCAUAAUGUGACUUUUCUUUUUUUAUGUAUAUGUGUAAAACAUGAGGGCUCUCUACAGCUAUUUUUAAUGUCUCUCUCUUAUCUGCUUUGUGGAGGAAAUGAUGCACCUCCAGUUGAACUCGUACUUUAAACCUGGAGUGAUAUUACUUUAGAAGUCAUGGCUUGUUGGAAGCAGUGAGAGAACAGGCAGCAUCGUAAGUUACGUCUGCAAACAUACAAACACGCUUCUUUUUAUUUCAAACUUGCAUUCCAAACGACUGCACAUCAUUCCAUUUUCCUGCAUUGCAGGCGCCUUUACAAGCCACAGUCACACAUCUGUCUCCCUCACUGAUAGUCUUACCCCUCAGAGAUCACAUCCGUCUGGAAUCCAACACGUCACUGUGUGAUGAGCAGGACCAGGGAGAACUGUUCAACCUGUUAAAGGUUGUAGUCUAAUUGUGAAUGAGAAUUGUGUUCAUUUUUUCUCCUUCCAGUUUUUGCCAUCAUCAGCUAUCGACAUGUUUGUUUGUAGUUCAUGGCAGCACGGUUGUUAAAGUAAUAGUUCACAGGGCUGCAGAUUAUAUAUGUCCUGAUUAUUCUGCUCAAUAAUGUGGUCAUUAUCUACAGUCGGUGUUGGUCAUAGUGGGCUGUGGAACAUAAAUGUAUGCUCACAUUUGAUUCAUUUACUGUACACAGAACAUUGUAGAUGUUUCAAAUAUGUCGGCAUUCCAUAAAUACUGAGAUUAUGGAAACGUGUGAUGAGGAUUGUAAUAUAAUUAAUGGAUUAACUAUGCAGCCCUACAUUCCCUGGAUUUUUUAUUUAACUGACAUUUCAAGUCUUAAUUGAAUGUCUGACCACUUGAUUCAGUGUUUCAGUUUAACAGUAAUUCCCGCGAUCGAUGAGCAGAAUGUUUUAAUUUCAGCAGAUUUUGAGGUAAAAGGUGUUCACUGUUUACUAAAUUUGUGUUUGCCGUAUUUGAAUCAGAGAAGACAGUAUUAUUGACCAACAGUGACCCAGUGCAAAGCAUAAAAAAGAAGUCAUGCCGUCUAGUGUGUUUUGCUGCACCACAAAGACAUGAGGAACCUUUUGUUUGGUCACAGCACCAAGCUGCUUCUUAGAAACCUGUGAGGAUUUCAUUUUCACUGCCGUAAAAUCUAGUUAAAUGUCCACUGCCCGUGAGUUUAUUUGUGAUGAAAUGUGCAAAAAAAAACCAGACUAAUGAAUUACAGCUACUUUAAUUCUACUCGUAAGUUUUUCUAACUUGGCAAUCGAGGCGUCUCUUGAGGCUGAUGUCUUUGCUCUUAGAAGUGCAGGGAGAUGUCAUUUCCUGUCUUUGUGGCGUGAGAACGUUCUUGGGAGGAACAGGCAGAGUCGAAGCUUGAAACUUUGCUGUAGCUGCGUCUCGGUGGCUGAAGGUGGUUUUGCACCUUCAGAGAGCCCGGCUCGUGUGUGUGACCCAUGGUGUUAUCUGAACAGGUCUGUAAACCUGAAACAGUGUUUUCUCUGCUCGUAUGUGACGACUUUAUGAUGUAAGCUCAAUAUUCUCUCAGUGUCGGACCACUGAGACACAGUUAAGCCAUAUGGUAUGAUUCAAGGUAGAGGCAGGGUCAGGUGUGAAUACUUGAGGUCUCAGAAAAUCUUUAGAAACUCGUCGUAUGUUCACCCCCGAUAUUAAUUCCAAAGCUCCUCCGUAUUACUUGUUUCCUGCAGUGGUCAGUGGAUGGUUUUUGUGGAGAGCUCACCCUCCGAUGCUGCAUUGCUCGUAUUGCUGACCUGUCUGCUGAUGUCAAUGUGCCUCCAUCUGUGUACACAUCACAUUAAAGCCACAUCUCUCACCUGCCCUGUGGGCAUAAAGCACCUGCACAGCUCAUGGUCCACCCACACAGGUGUUUUCAUUUAUUUUGAUUGAUCGCUCAUAGACCACGUUUGACUGAUAUGUCCCCGACUCUAUUAGUGUUGCAAAGGGAGAAAGAUUCCACCCACAAACCUGUAAUGAGGUCUAAUCAGCCAGAAUAACUGAGCACCUGUGUGGGUGCACAGGGCCCUUAACUGAAAUUUCUUUGUGCUUUCAUUUUUUUUCUCCAAUCUUGUCUGUUUUGUUAGUGACAGUCUCAUUUACAAUCGCCUUUCUGUAAUGUGCCUAAACUAUGGAGAGGAAAAGUAUUCAUUUUAAUUUUGCCUUUCAUAUGAAACAUAUUCAAGCCUGAAAAGUAAAUAAAAUACUUACUACUUUAUACAA